AUGAAUAUCGAUGAAAAGUCGUUUGGCCGUAAUUAUUUUACACCACAGUUAGCAAUCAUUCGUUGUAAUGAGAAGAAAUUUCUACCUUUCGCUGAGGAGAACGCCAAAAAUUUCUUCUGUGAACUUCACGUCUCGCACAAUGAUGAAGAUUUCUGUUUUGUCGUUUAUAAAUUGUUUACUGAAAGCAAGGAUGCAUUAAAUUUCGGCAGUCAUCACAAAUUUUCAUAUUGUCAAGCAGAGGUUCCCGACGAGCGACCGAGAAUUCGUUUAUAUAUCGCAUUACCUUCGGAUUGGCGAUGCGGCAAUUUGUGGACGAUGACGUCGGAUUACUCAACUUGGAAACGUCUUGCCGUUAUAGCCAGUGGAACCAGCCUAAAAGAGCUCGUAAAAGAUUGCUUGCAACGAGUGCACAUAAGUGCUUUGGUCGUUCAAGCGAUUUUCGAUUCUCUCCUUAAUGGCCCUUUAAUAUUGUCGGACAAAUUGAAUUCAGGCAUUAAAAAACGCUAUAAUUACGUUUAUGAUUCGAAUUGGCAAUGUAAAUUUGCUGUCAUUCCUAAUGAAGAACGAAGUUAUUCCGGUUCAAGCACUAUAAAUUUAUCAGAACCUAUUAUUAGCGAUGCAGAAUAUCUACCACAGAUAGCAUUAUUAAAUUUGGAUAAAACUGCUUCCUCAUUAUUUACUGAGAAUCAUUUGGCUCGUUAUAUUUCAAAUCGUUUGGAGAUUCUGGGAGAAAUUGAUCCAUAUCGCCUCCUUCAUUUAGUUUUUAUUCCGGCAUUUUUAGUUGAUAAAUUCGAAACAAAACGUAAUGUAACUGUCAUAAAAUCUCCAUUGAUUCCUUAUCUUCCUAGCGCAUUCAAUAAUAUUCAUCAAUGUCUUUCUUCAGUUGAAUCGUUGCAUAUUUCUGGUUGCAGAUCACUGUGGCGUAUAACGAAAAUAAAUAAUGAUCGAGCUGAAUUAAGGCAUACUAUUGGUGGAGGCAGUGCGAGUUUGCUUGGAGCAGUUGUUCAUGAAUUAGGUCAUCUAUUCAAACUGCCACAUAGUACCGAAGGAAUUAUGAGCAUUAGAGGUGGCGAUAAUGUGCAGGUUCUUUUUUUAGCAAAAACAAUUCAUAACUUGGGAAUUAUGGCCGCAAAUAAUUUUGGAAUGGAUUUGUACGGAAAUUCUGCGAUUUAUAUGAAUAUUGAUCGAGUUACAAUCCUUGAGAUUAUUGCUCAAAAUCGGUUCGAUGAUAUCUCACGCACUUUUCUCAGUCUUUCAUUUUUCAUACGAUGGAUUCCAAGGAAAGCUAUUCAUGCAAUUAUAUACAACUCGAAAAACCACAUCGUCAUUAGUAAAGCUGGUAUCGCUAUCAUUAUUUUCGUUUCCAGCUGUGGUAAACCAUUUCAUGUGGAUUUCCGGACUAAUUCAGGAAAUUAUAACCAUCUUCAGUGUAGUGGAUUCAUUAAUGUGCGCGACGAGCACGAAAUUUUUAAAGUGCCCACAGUGGUAAAGAUAUUAAAGUUUCCGGCUGAUCAAAUUCUAGUUGCAACGUUAGAUGGAAAUUCAAUGGUCUGUGAAAAGUAA